AUGUCUACAUUGGAUAUCCCUGAAUCAAAGCUCUGUAAUGAAAUUUUAAGCCUUAAAAAUGAAACGAGCAGAUCUUUCAAUAGUGUGGUUGGUUCAGAGGCGGAUGGAGAAAAAUUCAACGGAGGGUUUUUUAUACAGAGUGAGAGGAGAUGUGGGAAAAUUGAAAAUAGUUCACUUCCCGGCGAAAAAAGAGUCAAGCUAAUGAAUGGAGGACAAAGCCUGGGGUAUGAUUUAUACAGCUUGAUCAAAUGUGGUGGUCAUGAAGAGAAAUUGCCUAUGUCAUGGGUUGAAAUAUUCAUAAAAGCAGUUGCUGUUACUUUAGAGAAAUUUCCUGAACUGAAUGCAACCUGGUCUAAUGGUUCAAUAUGCAAAUCAGAGGAUAUAAGCGUUUCAUUCACCGUUGCUGAUGGUAAGGCCUCUGUUUCGUCAACGUUGAAGGAUGCUUGCACACUGACUGCUUUAGAAAUCUCCAAACAAAUACAGGAUUCAAAAAUGAAACAUGCGCUGGGUAAAAGUGAUGCUCCUAGUAAUAUAUCCUCUCAAAAUCCCUCCUUCAUGAUAUCGUUUUUGGAUGCAUGCGGCAUAACGGGUUUUGCAUCGCCGGUACCGCAUCCUCACGUUGCUUGUCUGUCAGUUGCUUCUCCGUACGUUCAUCUGAAUGAAGACAUGAAGGCUUGCAAUCUCGUAAACGUGACGUUGUCUGUGAAUAACCAGAUAGUGGAUGAUGUUGCUGGCACUCAAUUUUUGGAUUGCCUCAAAAAUUUUCUGGAAAAUCCAUCUCUUCUCAUUAGUCGCAGACUUCGCACAUCGCCCAUUUCAUUGGAAAAUCUUUUUAAAUGA